UGAGUUGCAGUAGAAUCUGUCUUCUUCAUUUUUUAAGGUUUCAGAGGAAAAGGGUUGGUUUGAUUCAGAUAAAUUUGGGGUUAAGGAAUGAUCUUUAGAACUGGGGCAUGGGGUUUUAUGCUCUUCUUGUUCCCCCCAAUCUGUCAUCUGCCUCUUCCCCUCGUUGCUUCAAGUUAUCCUUGUUGGGGCUCAGUUUGAAACGGAAGGCACUACCUUUUGUGACAAGAACAAGAGGAAAAGUUAGCCGCCAUUCUAUGCUUGCUGUCAACUCAGUCUUAAAUAAUGGGAAAUCGAGCAUCAAUGACAAUGGGGCAACUGAACCUGCAAGGAGUCUUCUUGAGAGAUUGUUUGCACAGACACAGAAACUGGAAGCUCAGAUGAAUGGAGAUGUUAAGGUUCUAGGUGAUGGUCACCAUGGGCUUAACCUUGGGACUCUUGAGUCUGAUCUCCAGGCUGCAUUGUUAGCCUUGAAGAGAAAGGAAGAAGAUUUGGAAGACUUGGGAAAAAGGGUCUUGAUGGAGCAAAGUCAGUUAACACAUGCAAAGGAGGAGUUGGAACAGCGUGAGAAAGAAAUUGCGGCUGCUUGUUCCAAGCAUGAAAUGCUAGAAGAGGAGCUACAGCGGGUGAAUCUUUCCUUUGCUUCUCAAGCCCGGCAGAUUGAGGAUUUAAAGCUUCAAUUGAAAGAACGAGACUGGGAGAUUGCUUCUGCACAGUCUGCACUCUCUUUGAAAGAGGAAGAAAUGGAUAAAAUGAGAAAUGAAUUAGCGAAGAAGAGUGAAGAAGCUGCCAAAAUUAGUAAUGAACUUAAAUCAAAGUCCCAAUGCCUGGAUGAAGCAAAUGAAGUGGUGAAGAGUCAAGAGGUUGAGCUUCAAGGGUUCCAAGAGGCUAUUCAAUCAAAAGAAGAAGAAAUAGAAAUUUCAUUGAGGCUGAGGAAACUUGAAGAGGAGAAGUUAAAAGUUGCGAGGGAAAAUUUGGAGAAACAGACAAUGGAGUGGUUAUUAGCACGAGAAGAACUGAAGAGACUAUCAGAGCAAGUAUCGGGACACAUGGGAGAUGCUAAUGAAACUUUGAUGGAUUUCAGUAGUGUAAAGCAGCUUCUUGCAGAUGUGAAGUCUGCGCUGGUUUCUUCUCAGAAAUCUCUGGCAUCCUCAAGACAGAAAAUGGAACAGCAGGAGUUAUUGUUAGAAAAGCAGGUGGCAGAACUUGAAGAACAGAAGAGAAGUAUUGUGUCAUACAAGGAAAGAUUGAAGAAGGCCCAGAUAGAAGUUGACAGUGAGAGAGUUAAGGUUAGGGUUGCUGAGGCUCGAAACAAGGAGCUUGAACGGGAUUUAUCUGUGGAGAGGGAACUAAUUGAAGAGUUGCAGGAGGAGUUGGAGAAAGAGAGAUCUUCACUUCAGCAGUCUAUCGAGGAUGUCUCUUCUUUGCACAAGAAGUUAGAGCAGAAGAAUGCUGAAUUCGACCAACUGCAGAACCUCCUUCAAGUUAAAGAAGCAGAUCUGGUAGAGGCUAAGCUAGAAAUCCAGCAUCUGAAAUCUGAGCAGGCUUCUCUUCAGCUCCUCUUGGAGGAGAAAGAUCUGGAACUGUCUAAUGCCAGGAAGGAGUUAGAGCAAGUAAAUCAGGAGAUUGCUGAGCUAAAGAUGCUUUUGAGCAGUAGAGAAGAUCAGCUGACAAUAGUCACUGCCCUGCUGAAGGAAAAAGCGGAACAUGUUCAGAAAGUAGAAGACGAGUUGAAUGAUACAAAGCACAAAUUCUCUGAAGCCCAAACUGUGAUGGAACAGAUUGUUGAGCUCACAAACAAACUUGCUAUCUCAAUUAAGGACAAUGAUAUUAAUGUGCUGAUUCCAGCUGAUGACAGGGAUCUUGAAUUGAUGCAAAAGCCAUUGGUUAAAUCUGCCAACGAUUUCAGGUUGCAAAUGAAGCAGCUUGAGACUGAACUUGCAUUCACCAGAGAAGAUUUAAAAGAAAAGGAAAUGAAAGUUCUAGCUGCACAACGGGCUCUGACUAUUAAAGAUGAGGAGCUAAAGACAGUUCUAAGCAGAUUGGAUGAAAGGGAGAAAGAACUGAAAAAGUUGAAGGAAGAGAUGAUUGAAGAUGCCAAUGAUCUGCAGAAGCUUUACGCUUUGGCACAAGAAAGAGUUGGGAAUAAAAGUAUUGGAGACUUGGCUAUUGAAAAACUUGAACUUGAGGCAGCUCAACUGGAAGUUGAAGCUGCCAGUAGUGCCCUUCAAAAGCUUGCUGAAAUGAGCCGAGAACUUGUGAACAAAGUUGGCAUGAACACUGAGCUCGAUUCUGAUUUCAGUAUCUUUCCACAAAAUGGUUCUGAUCAUCAUGGGAUUACCAUGAUUGAGGGCAGCGAUUGUUUUGCAGAGGUUAAAUCAGGAUUAACCAGGCUUUCAGCAUUGUCAGAGCAGCUAGUGAGAGAUGCCGGGAUUGUUGUUGCGGAUAGCUAGUGUCUGGGUGGGUUUGUAUAUAUUCCUAAUGAGAUUUGCUUACUUUAGCAUACGAUUUUGGGGAUGGGCUUGUAGAACUGUUGUACUGAUGCAUCGUAUUCACAAAUAUAAAAGCAUGAAACUGAU